CGGGAAGGGCUAACUUGGUUACGCCCACGCCCGCGGCUGGUCCCUGUGGCGCAGUGCUGCGUGUUCAGGCAACGCUUCUGCGCUUCGCCACGGACUCGUCCCUGCUUUCCAGUCUACGUUUUUUUCUCGAGGGAUUGUUGCCCUCCUUUGGCUUCGUGGUCUCUGCGGCUGGUGGUCCGGAAACUGCUGAAAGGAGCCGGAUCUCACCUCUGCGAGGGCAGGCGGGAGGCGGCGCGGAACCAGAGCAGAACGGUCAGAGAUCUGAAGAGAUUUCCUGGAAACCACCCUUGCACUGUGCGGUGUUUGUUGAAAAAAUGUUUGGAAGAUUGACUUUUCCACAACUGCUUUUUGCUAGCAUCCUUGGAAUUGCUGGAGGAAUAUAUAUUUAUCAACCAAUAUUUGAACAGUAUUCCAGAGAUCAGAAGGAAUUAAAAGAAAAGUUGAAAUUGGUACAAGACUCAGAAGAGAAGAAAAGUUAAUACUACAUGGAGUCGAACUGUAAUUGCUUAAAGUUCCAUUGAAAUUAUACAUUGACUAUAAAUAAUCUAGUAAAAAGUUAUCAAAUGUAUUUUAAUUGUAAAUAAAUCAUAGAUAAUGAUUUUAAAUUAGUUUUGAAACUAGCACUGUCAAUUUUAAUGUUUCCUGUAUUUUUAUUUGCCAUUUUAUGUCUUUUCACCAGGACAGAUUAGUACUUUUAAGCAAAA